AUGUCCGGCGGCGUACGAUCUUCUCCGGGGCUUUCUCAGCCGCCGCCGCCACCGCAACAUCCGCCGUCAUCUUCGGCUCCGGUAGCAUCUGUUCCUGUAGUACCCCCAAUACGUCGACACUUAGCGUUCGCCUCAACUAAACCGCCGUUUCAUCCCUCGGAUGACUACCACCGAUUUACCCCAUAUUCCCUCAGUAACAACGAUAGAAGCCUCGUUAACGGCUGCGGAGUCGUAGAUCGGGAGGAGGACGCCGUCGUUGUUAGAUCUCCUUCACGGAAGAGAAAGACAACAAUGGACGUGGUACCUGCUCCAUCUAACAAUGGAUUCUCGAGUUCUGGUUUCAAUAGCAUACCCAACAGUCCCUGUCAAACUCCAGUCUCAGCAAAAGGAGGCAGAGUCAACAUCAAGUCAAAGGCCAAAGGAAACAAGUCAAUUCCCCAAACCCCCAUCUCAAAUGCCGGCUCUCCUGUCACACUUACUCCUUCAGGAAGUUGCCGCUAUGACAGUUCUUUAGGUCUCCUUACAAAGAAGUUCGUCAAUCUAAUUAAACAAGCCAAAGAUGGAAUGCUGGAUCUAAACAAAGCUGCAGAAACAUUGGAGGUGCAGAAACGGCGUAUAUAUGAUAUUACAAACGUUUUGGAGGGGAUAGAUCUCAUUGAAAAGCCUUUGAAGAACCGAAUACUUUGGAAGGGAGUUGAUGCUUUGAGGCCUGGUGAUAUGGACGGUGACGUCUCUGUCUUGCAGGCAGAAAUUCAAAACCUUUCCCUCGAGGAGCAAGCGCUAGAUAACCAAAUCAGAGAAACGGAGGAAAGACUGAGAGAUCUGAGCGAAAAUGAAAAGAAUCAGAAAUGGCUUUUUGUAACUGAAGAAGACAUCAAGAGUUUACCGGGUUUCCAGAACCAGACUCUGAUUGCCGUCAAAGCUCCUCAUGGCACAACUUUGGAAGUCCCUGAUCCAGAUGAAGCUGUUGACCACCCACAAAGGAGAUACAGGAUCAUUCUUAGAAGUACAAUGGGACCUAUUGACGUAUACCUCGUCAGCGAAUUUGAAGGGAAGUUUGAAGACACAAACGGGAGUGUUCCACCAGCAAGCUUGCCUAUUGCAUCUUGCUCAGGAUCAUCAGAAAACCAUCACAUGGAAGCCGUAGCUGUUGAAAACACAGAAACUGCAAUAGAGCUUCACGUGUCUCAUGAUCAUCAACCUGGCGAUGCCUCUGACCUUAAUUAUUUGCAGGAGCAGAAUGAUGACACGGAUUACUGGCUCCUAUCGAAUGCGGAAAUUAGCAUGACGGAUAUUUGGAAAAGCGACUCUGGUAUCGAUUGGGAUUAUGGAAUCGCCGAUGUGACUACUCCACCACCGGUAAUGGGUGAAAUAUUACCAAACUCUGUUGACUCAACCCCGAGAUGA